CGCUGGACAAAGGGACCGUCUCAGUGCCGACUCCUCACACCAGCCGGACCCGACCCGGACUGCUGCUAUCUCCUGGUCCUCUUUCUGGUCCUCCUUCUGCUCCUAUUCCUCAUCCUGGUCCUACUCCUGGUCCUACUCCUGGUCCUGGUCUGCAGGGAGGUGCCAUGAAGCUCUGUGAUGGAUUCCUCCUGCUGCUCUGCUGUGCUCUGCUUCAUACGGGUUCUGGUCUCCGCUGCUUCAAGUGUUCUGACUACACUGGACUGUGUGAGAACGUUCAGGAAUGCACGUUUGAAGACUCCUGUAUAUCACUGAGUGAGAGAGGGGGGAAGACCAUCCGUCAGUGCCUCCGCUACACCGACUGUGAUAACUCCCGGCUGUCCCAGAUGUUCCCGGCCGUCUCCGGCUUCACGUACCGCUGCUGCAGCAGCAACCUAUGCAACGCCGGCUCCGCCCGGGCCGCCGCGCCGCCGGGCCUGGGUCUGGUCCUCACGCUGGCCGGACCCCUGCUGAGUCUCUGGUGGUGCUGGGUCUGAAGGCUCGGUUAACGCGUCGCAGUUUGUUUUCAGGCUCAAUCAGUUUAACAAUAAAUAGAAUAAAACAC